AUGCCUCACCAAUCAACCCACCACAGCUCUGAACUCAAGCACUUCAGCUCCUGUUCUGUUUCUUUACCUAAACAUGUGAGCACUCACAGCAUCUCCUCAUACUCACCAAAACAUGGUGGCUCUUCCCACAAGGGACUUCACUGCUUUAGUAGUAAAAGUGCCUACAGUCUUGGAUCCAAAGGACAAAAGAUCUCAGUAGGUAAAGGCUGUCAUGGAUCUGGAUCUGAAUAUGGUUUUGGAGGAUCUGGCUAUGGAUUUGGGGGGUCAUCUUGUGCAGGAGGUAUCACCUCUGUUACUGUGAACCAAGGUCUUCUGGCACCUCUCAACUUGGAGAUUGAUCCAACCAUCCAGAGACUGAGAACUGAAGAGAGGAAUCAAAUCAUGGGACUCAAUAACAAAUUUGCCUCCUUCAUUGACAAGGUGCGCUUUUUGGAACAACAGAACAAAAUGCUUGAGGCAAAAUGGGGUGUGUUACAAGAUCAAAAUACUGCAAGAUUUCAAACUGAACCACUGUUUGAGGCUUUUAUAAGCAACCUCAGGAGACAACUGGAUAAUCUGAGCUGUGAGACAGCUCGUCUUGAUGCAGAGAGAAACAAUAUGGAGGGAUCAGCAGAAGUCUUGAGGAGAAGAUAUGAAGAAGGAGCAAACAGUCGCACAGAUGCAGAGAAUGAAUUUGCUGAUCUAAAGAGAGAAGUUGAUGCCGUUUUUAUGACUAAAGCUGAGCUGCAAGCAAGGACUGACUCCCUGAAUGACGAGAUUGACUUCCUGCGAAACCUCUUUGAUGCUGAAAUUGCUCAGCUCCAGGCUCAGAUCUCAGAUACUUCAGUGGUGGUUUCCAUGGACAACAGCAGAGACCUUGAUUUGGAUGGAAUUAUAGCUGAGGUCAGAGCUCAGUAUGAGGAGAUCGCUAACAGGAGCAGAGCUGAGGCUGAGGCCUUGUACCAGUCAAGGUUUGAGGAGCUUCGCAUGACCGCAGGUAGAAAUGGCAAUGAUCUGCAGAACACCAGAAAUGAGAUUGCUGAGCUCAACCAAACCAUUCAGAGACUUAGGGGAGAGAUUGACAGUGCAAAAUCACAGCGUGCUGCACUGGAGGCAGCUAUAAGUGAUGCUGAGGGCCGAGGAGAGGCGGCUGUCAGAGACGCCAAGAAUAAACUGGCUGAGCUGGAGGCGACUCUGCAGAAAGCUAAGCAGGACAUGGCUCGCCAGCUGCGUGAGUAUCAGGAGCUGAUGAACGUGAAGUUGGCACUGGAUAUUGAGAUUGCAACUUAUAAGAGAAUGCUGGAGGGAGAAGAGUGCAGAUUGUCCACAAACGGCCCUGUUAAUAUCUCUGUGCUUCACUCCAGCACUGGAGGAAAAGACUGCACUGGAGGACUGUCCAGUGGUGUAAGAAGCUUCAGCCACGUUUCCAAACACAGAUCUGGUCAUGGGCACUGCUAAUAACACUUAAGACUAGACAACAAUCCAUAGCUUUAUAAUACAUUAUCAGCAAUUAAUUACAGAUACCUGUAUAACUGUCAAUAUUACACCCUUGGGCCAUAAGGAUAAUGAAAUGGAAUGCUUUUCCAUAAAUAUAAUUCUGUGAUUAAGAUAUAAUGUAUUUGCUAUCUGACUGUCCAUAAUAAAGCAUUAUUCAAAUGA